AUGACGACGCGAUCAGAGCGAGAAAAAGCUCAGAAACUGAACGAGCAGCAUCAGGCCAUCCUGUCGGCACUGCUGAGGGAGGCUGACAACAAGUUCUGUGCAGACUGUCACGCCAAAGGACCUCGAUGGGCGUCAUGGAACCUCGGGGUGUUCAUGUGUAUCCGCUGUGCCGGGAUUCACCGAAACCUGGGCGUCCACAUCUCCAGAGUCAAAUCUGUCAAUCUGGACCAGUGGACAUCCGAGCAGAUCCAGAGUAUGGUGGAUAUGGGCAACUCCCGGGCCAAACAGCUGUAUGAGGCCCACCUACCGGAGAGCUUCAGACGGCCGCAAACCGACCAACCAGUGGAGGUCUUCAUCCGGGACAAGUACGAGAGGAAAAAGUACUUCGACAAGGAAGCUCUGACCACAGCUCCGAGGUCAUCGGAAGCCUCCACCUCCCCAUCCUCGCAGGCUGACAGGGGCAAACAGGAGAAGGAGCGCGGUAAGAAAAAAGAGGAAAAGAAGAAAGAGAAGGAUAUUGAUAAAGGGGAGAGACUCAACAACGUGAAGCAGACAGAGUGCAGAGCCAGUCCUAAGAAAAGCACAGAGCCAGCUGUGGACCUGCUGGGCCUGGAUGCCCCAGAGGGUGGUGCUGGGAAGAGCCCGGGCGGUGCUGCACCAAUCAGCGAUGACCUGGACAUCUUUGGACCAAUGGUCUCCAAUCCUCUCCCCUCAGCCAACAACACACAGCAGGCCCAGUCUAGUUCCAGUACAGCAGCUCCGCAGGCGGACACCUCCACCUCCUCCUCUAUCUCCACCACUAUGACCACAAAGGCGGAGGAGAAGAAGCUUUUAUCUAAAGACUCCAUCCUGUCUCUGUAUGCCAGCAGCUCAGUGGGCAGUCAGCCGCAGAGCCAGCAGCAAUCUGCCCCAGGACAAGCAGGCAUGUACAUGGGCCAGCCACAAAUGCAGUUCACUCCACAGGCCUUCAACCCUGGGAUGGGGGGAGUCGCCCCACCCACCGCUAUGAUGGGGGGAGGGGCCAUGAUGCCCGGGAUGGCUCUGCCCAACGGGGGUUACAUGCAGCAGCCGGGCGGGAUGCCAGCCAGCCAAGGACAGGGCAUGUACAAUCUGCAGCAGGGUCAGCAGCAGCCGCAAGGACAGUGGAACAUGAGCCAGAUGACCCGGCAUAUGUCCGGCAUGGCCAUGAGCGGAGGAGGGCCGACAUCGGGCGCCCCCGGGGCCGGUUGGCCCGCGGCUCCACCCACGGCUUCUGGCCAGACCCUCAGCACUCAGCUGUGGAAGUGA